UUUAAAAAAACCUCCUUCAUAAAUCCUCUGGCUAACCACCCAUUCAUUUCUCUAUAUAUCAUCAACAUUAUUCCAAGAAAAUUGGAGAGAAAUAUUAUACACAAUGGAAUCAAAGAAGAAUGUGUUUGAAAUGGGAAAGCUAAAGGCCCAAGAAAUAACAAUAAAAAAGGGUUGUUCAUCUCCACCAAAAUCUCUUCUCAUUGUAACCCCAAGUGAAUCAGGGAAAUACCCAGUGGUUCUCUUUCUCCAUGGCUUUCUUCUCUCCAACAACUACUACUCUCUACUCCUCAACCACAUCUCCUCUCAUGGCUUCAUCCUUGUGGCACCUCAGCUUAGUGUCAUACUACCAUGUUCCACCAGAGACAUCACCGGAGCAGCAAAGGUCACUGACUGGUUGGCCGGAAACCUCCAAGCUUUGUUACCAACUGGAGUUGAAGCCAAUUUACAAGAGCUUGCACUGGCAGGUCACAGUAGAGGUGGCCAUGCAGCCUUUUCUCUUAUCCUCGGAUGCACCAAGACAACUCUAAAGUUCUCAGCCUUAAUUGGAGUUGACCCGGUGGCUGGACCUUUUAAAGGUUAUCAAAUCCCUCCAAGGAUUUUAACCGGUAAACCAUCUUCAAUGGAGCUUGGAAUUCCAGCAAUGGUGAUUGGAACUGGACUUGGAGAGAAGAAGAAGAUGUUUUUCCCUGCUUGUGCCCCAGAGGGAGUUAAUCAUAAAGAGUUCUACUAUGAGUGUAAACCUCCAUGUUAUCAUGUUGUUGUGAAGGAUUAUGGUCAUCUUGAUAUGUUGGAUGAUGAUGCUCCCAAAGUGACCAAGUGUGUGUGUACUAAUGGGGUGAAUUGUAAGGAUUUAAUGAGGAGGUCAACAGGGGGUAUAAUGGUGGCAUUUUUGAAGGCUUAUUUGAUGGAAGAUAAUGAGAGUCUUGAAGCCAUUUUUGAUGGUUCUCUUGUUGCUCCUGCUGAGCUUUCCCCUGUUGAGCGUCGUUUGGAAUGAGAUGAUGAUGUUGAUGAUGAUGAUGUUUUAGUUUUCUUAUUAUGUUUUUGUUUUUGUUUUUUUAAUUAAGUCGAAGGCUACCUUUUUUGUUAUGUUGUCUAUGUUAUUUUGGUUGUUGUA